AUGAAACACGUCGAGCAAGUGGCCAACACGACCCAUCUCUUUGCCAAAAAAUAUGUCUCACCCAUGCCACUCCCGCUUCAGGUUUUCCUAGAGGGUGGGAACAAGCAAACCUCUCCUACUGUUAAGAAGAAGCUGGCAAUGAGCAACCUUGAGACUGACAUCGACCCUCCUGGACCAGAACCAGAUGUGAUUGUCGUAGUGGGCGGGACCGAGUUCCACGAGUUCAGCUACCAGUUGCGCUCGUGGGGUUGUGGCUACUUUGACGCUGCAUUUCGACGCACGGAGAUGAAGCAAUCGGGACGCUUCGAGUUUCCUGAUCGUGAACCGGAAGAAUGGAAGCUGAUCAAGGCAUUGGCGGCUCCAUUUUCCAAGGCAAAGCUUGACGAAAGUAACGUUUGGAAAGCUGUGUCCUGGUUUGAUGAGCUACGGUAUGCUGCAAGGAUGGGUUGGAUGCUUGUGACAACUUUCUCAGCAACGAAGUCAUUCCGAAAGUUCUCCCCGAAAAAAGUCUGCGGAAUGGAAGGGGACGUGGUGCCUUAUCACGUUGUUGUUUGCGAUGGCUUGAUGAGCUCCUGGAUAGUUUGA